UAAAGCACGUGAACCCACUAGAAGAAAAAUUGUAAUUACUUCGAAUUGGGGGUUAGGGCAUCUUUUGCAUCGUGUUAAUGGAGAUUGGAAAAAAUUGCCAUUGUCAACCACCAAGGCCAGUGGUAGAAAGAACGGCUUGGACAAACAAAAAUCCUGGGCGAAGAUUCAGAACAUGCAACAAGUAUCGGAUUCAUGGUGGGUGUAAUUUCUUUGAAUGGAUAGACCCUCCAAUGUGCCAUCGAGCAAAGGUGGUCAUCCCUGGACUACUAAGAAAAAUUGGUGACCUUGAAACUGAAAUCACAUCCCUAAGUACGACAACUGACAUUGGAAGUCAUCGACAAUGCAGUGGUUCUUCAAAUGGAUUUGAGACACAAUCUCACAACCUUCAAAAUGUUGGAAGAGAAAGCUGUGAAAGUUGUGCUGAAAGCAGGGGUAGAGUAAAUGAUGGAGGUCGAAUGCAGUGUUACUACUUUUUGAAUACUAUGUAUUUUGCUGUAAUUCUAUUGGUUGUGGUUAUUUGGGCUACUAAAUCAAAGUAGAAGUUGUUGGUAUUGUUAGUUUAUUUUUGGGUAAUCUUCAUGUGCAGUAUUGACAAUGACAAAGCUAUUGCACCCUAGGCAUUGAUUUGUAAUGAAUUUUGUUGUAAA